CACCAAUCUACAAUUUUUUUUUUUCGAUUGGAAGUUACAGUGUUUCCUACACUCAAAAAGGCUAACAAAAAAAGGUGACAGAAAGUAGGCGAGGACAAAAAGUUUCACACCAAUCUACAAACUCAUGCUUCAUUCACUUCCCACCGAGAAGAAUGUUUGACGUCCGUUUGUAAAGACAACGCUAUACCCCACAUGGCUAACGCUCUAGCAAUGGUGUACUCUCUAUUGGUCAGAAUUUUCGAUAUCACUUUAUCGUACUUUUGUUCGCAGUCUCGCCGAACGUCUUUCAGCAGGUGAAUGCAUGUGAUCCCAAAACGGCCGUCUCUGCAUAGACCGCUCCAGCCCACUUUUCCCUACACCGCCCCUGCGAAACUCCCUAAAUCCUCACUUUCUUCCCAAAAACUCCGUCACUCUUUACAUGUGCACAGGUCUUUUGGUGAUAGAAACAUGUUCGCUCGCGUGCCAGGCCUCGGGAGGUUUCGGCGACUGGGACGAUCUCUGCAGCUCAUUUUUCCUUCGUUGAAUUUCAUUACCCUCCACUAUCUUUACUUUUUGAUAACAUGUCUACUGGCAAGCGUUAUCUUUUGGGGCGCUUCGACGCCUGCGCGAAGCGUCUCUUAUGUGGACGCGCUGUUUCUCACGGUUAGCGCUAUGACACUGGCUGGCCUUAAUACCGUAAAUCUUUCCACUUUGAAUACGUUUCAACAGUGGAUGCUGUUUUUCCUGAUUAUGAUUGGUUCCGCAAUAUUCGUGUCUGGAUUUGUGGUUCACAUUCGGAAACGGGCCUUUGAGAAACGGUUCGCUUACAUUGUUGCUAAGCGACGGAGGGGAUCAGAAAGGAGAAGCCGUUCAUCACUGCGCCGUCGUUUAUCAAGGAGCAGAUCUAGGCUGGGAGCUCGAGACGUCGAACAUGAUACUGGUGAUCCAUACGAACAAGUUGCGGAAGCUUCUGGACGAUGUACUGGCAACCGCGAAAGCAUAACAGCACACAAUGGUUCCAUGACUGAGAAGCAGCCGCCAUCACCAAAUCCAGUACCAGCAAUCGAGGCAGGAGAUGAGAUUCAUUCCAGCUCAAGCCAUGUUCCCAAUGCGUCCCCAUCUCACAUCACGUUCGACCCCAACAUACACAACCUUCAUCGCUUCAAUCCUGUCCAAGGUGUCGAGACCGAGUUUCACGCGAUGACCAAGAGUCGCUCAGAGACUGGCACGGUUCAUGAAGUAUCUGAAGCUCAACCAGACAGACUCGGAUCCGCCCAUAAUCCCUUGCCUGUCACGAGUGGUUUCAUUCUUUCUAGGAACUCCAGCUUUCACCACCUGUCUGAACAAGAGCGACAAAAGCUAGGCGGGUACGAGUACCGGGCAGUAUGCCUACUCUCAUGGCUGGUCCCCAUAUACUACAUACUUUUUCAACUCGUUGGAUGUAUAGGACUAGGUGCCUAUGUUGCUAUCAAUCGUCCUUUGACUGCACGAGCGAACGGGCUCAAUCCUUGGUGGGUGGGCGCUUUCAACGCCGUCAGUGCUUUCAACAACUCCGGCAUGAGUCUUCUAGAUGCAAACAUGAUUGCAUUCCAGACCUCCAUCUAUAUGCUCUUAACCAUGGGCCUACUGAUUCUGGCUGGAAACACAUGCUACCCCAUCUUCCUUCGCCUCAUCGUUUGGACCCUCCUCAAACUCCUCCCCUCAAGCGAGCGCUGGACGGAUCACCGGAAGACUCUCGAAUUCCUACUGAAUCACCCGCGCCGCUGCUACACGAAUCUCUUCCCCUCCCAGCACACUUGGUGGCUAGCCGCUUGCGUCAUCUGCUUAAACGGCAUUGACUGGGCGGGCUUCGAGGUCCUAAACAUAGGCAACCACGCCAUCAACUCGCUCCCCACCAACAUCCAAGUCCUGGACGGGCUAUUUCAAGCUCUAGCCGUACGCAGCGGCGGCUUCUACGUCGUACCUAUCCCCAGCGUGCGCAUCUCUCUUCAAGUCUUAUACGUGAUCAUGAUGUACAUCUCCGUGUACCCAGUCGUCAUCACCAUGCGCAACAGCAACGUCUACGAAGAGCGCAGUCUAGGAAUCUACUCGAACGGAGACCAGCAUCACAACACCAGACCUUUUUUAUCAGCACCAACAUCAGCCUCGCACCGCUCCACUGCCUUUUCACUAUCUCAACCUCUCCAAAACACAUACUUCGUCCGUGCGCAGCUCCGCGCGCAGCUCGCGCAUGAUCUCUGGAUCGUCGUCCUCGCCAUCUUCCUCAUCAGCAUCAUCGAGGCGUCGAAUUUCGAGCGAGACCCAACACUCUAUAGCGUCUUUAACAUCCUGUUUGAAACAGUCUCCGCGUACGCAUGUGUGGGCGUCUCCAUUGGUGUGCCGUACGACGCGUAUAGUUUCAGUGGCGCCCUGCAUGCACUGAGCAAACUAGUGCUUUGUGCUGUGAUGAUUAGUGGUCGACAUAGGGGUUUGCCUGUCGCGAUUGAUAAAGCGAUACUGCUGCCUGGAGAAGGUGCCGAUGGGGCGGAGGAAGAAGAUGGGGAAAGGAGAUUGGAGGGGGAGAGGAGCCGAGGGAGGGGUAUGGUGUGA